AGUCCGGUCACAACUCAGCCGCACACACCCAACCCCAGCUGCGACGUCCAGCAAAUUAUUUCACUACUCAACCACGCUACGCCUGCGAGUCUGCUACCACGGAAUGGUAUUUUCGGUGUCAGGCCUGGCGGAGUUCGACAGUAGCUCCAUCCACAUCGCACACAUAACCAACGACCCGCCUAACAAGCAGCCAUCAAGUCCGCUCAGCCAGAGUAAUCGCCCCCCUCGCAAGAUAACAACAUCGACAACAACCAUCACCCACCCCCAGCACUACUCACCACCCUCCCCACCACACGCAGUCCACCACCAACCCAUCUCCCCAACGCACACCAUCACCACCACACCACCAUCACAAACCCCCUCUUCCAGAACCCUGCCCUCAAAACCGCAACCGACGCUCCGGACAUGCAUACUGGUUGUUCAUCCGCGUCAGCCGCGGUAGCCACUGAAGCCUCAGUAGACAGCAGCAGUGGCUGUAGUGUAGUGUUGCUGCAGUCAGUCCGUGUGUGUGUCUCUUGAAUCUGAGACCAAGACCGAGAGCAAAGCUAAAAAUAAAGCGCUAUUAAUUACCCCGAAGCUCGCAGGCCGUACCUACCUACCUCAAACACACAGCAGGC